GAGGCCCUAGCCGAUCAGGCUAGUAGGCGGAGCGGGACUGUAAAUGUCUGCGGAAGCUGUCGAGAAGCGUUCCUUUGGGAUAGCCGCAGCUGAGGAGCAGUCCGCGGCUCUGAUAGAGCAAGAUGUAGCCUGCGGCCUGGAGAACAUUCCCUAUACUCCUGACCAUGUAGCUGGGCCUGGAGCAAACAUAGACCCCACACAAAUAACCUUUCCUGGGUGUGCUUGCGUCAAAACUCCAUGUCUCCCAGGCACUUGCUCCUGUCUCCGCCAUGAGAAUAACUAUGAUGACAAUCUGUGCCUCAGGGACAUAGGAUUGGAAGCAAAGUAUGCCAAACCAGUUUUUGAAUGCAAUGUCCUCUGCCCGUGUGGUGAGCACUGCAGAAACAGGGUGGUUCAGAAUGGUCUGCAGUUCCAUCUCCAGGUAUUCCAAACGGAUAAGAAGGGCUGGGGACUACAGACCUUGGAAUCUAUACCCAAGGGGAGAUUCGUCUGUGAGUAUGCUGGCGAGAUUUUAGGAUUCUCUGAAGUACAGAGAAGAAUUCACCUACAAACAACACAUGACCCAAAUUAUAUCAUCGCCGUUAGGGAGCACAUUUAUAAUGGACAGGUCAUGGAAACUUUUGUCGACCCUACCUACAUAGGAAAUAUUGGGAGAUUCCUGAAUCAUUCCUGCGAACCAAACCUGUUGAUGAUUCCCGUCCGAAUUGACUCAAUGGUGCCUAAACUGGCACUUUUUGCAGCCAAAGAUAUUUUGCAGGGAGAAGAACUCUCUUAUGACUAUUCAGGAAGAUUCCUUAAUCAAAUAAGCAGUAACGACAAAGAAAGGAUAGACCAUGGACAACUAAGAAAGCCUUGUUACUGUGGAGCCCCAUCAUGCUCCACCUCCCUGCCCUAUGACAGUUCACUCUACUGCCCCUUAGAAAAACCACACACCAGUUAAGAACUAGUUGAGACUCCUGUCUGCCAGCCUCUCUGAAGACUGAAACCAGAGAGAAUCAAGCAUUAAGUCACUCAUCUGCAUCCUAGUUGCUCUCCCGAAAACGACCUACUCUCAAGGGAAGUGUACCUUGCAGUCAGCAGCUUGCUUAUUCCUGUAAGAAAGACUAGGGGUUGCCCAGCCUUCCCUCUGCCAGGCUGCCUAAAUUUGACUCAAGAAUGAGGCCCAGACUGUAAACAUCCAGCUGUACCCUUUCUCCAGAAUACUUGCUUUAAUAGUUAGAUGCAGGUAAAUGACUGUGUUCAAACUAGCAGGAUACACGCAGAAAUGAUGAAUCCUUGGGUAUCAUCCUUGGGUUUCUUCUUGGAAGCCAGAACCGAUACUUGAUGGCUGGAGUUAGGAAAGGGUCGUGCAGAGAAAAUCAGUAAGAUUUCUGGUACUGUAGAAGACACUGCUAGUCCUGACCUGUUGCCCCUGUACUUGUAGGGGAGAAGCCUAUAACAUUAAGCCACUGUUGCCUUGCAUUUGAGAAAACCUUAUGAUUCAAGAAGACCUCAGCCUUCAAAGCUAGUUUUAUAAUAAAGCUGUUUGGGUUUUUUUUUUUUUUUUUCUGUCUGUUUGACUCCUGAUUUUAUUUCUUGUUUGUUUCUAAUCAUGAAUUAAGGAGAAAGGAUGUUAUCACCUGCUAAAACCUAAUAAUCACCAACAAUAAUGAAGUACAACCGUGAGAAUAAUUGCCAUUUAUAAUCAGGUCAGAAAAGGAAGCCUGUUGUAAAGUUUUGACUACACUCUUGGCUGUGUCCCAGAGCUUAUGAAGUUAGGCUUCAAAACCUCAAACAACCUCACUCCUUCAUUUAUUAAUAACAUAAAAAUAACCAUGUCAACAUCACAGAAGCAGAUGGGAGUUGUAUAACUUCAUUAAACUUCUAGAGGAACACAGGCCUCUGACUGCCUUUCUUAAAACAUGAUAUUAUAAAAACAUAGUUAACUACAGUCUAGGGACUAGAACUCAUGGAUGGAGCUCGUAUCUAGCCCUCCCUAUGUACAACAUAAAUAAGUAAGAAGACAGCUGUUUUGAAACUCAGAUUAAUUCUACAUAUAGUCUGUGAAAAUUAAAUAUCUUAAAAGGUAAUUAUUCAAUCAUGUAUAUUAUUAGUAAAAAGAAAUUGAUUUCUAGAGUACAUAUAAACCAUACUACAAGGAGGCUUUGUGCUUUUAAAAGAUUUAUAUUCUUUACAACAUCCCAUUGUAGUGAAAAAAAUCUAAGUAUUUAGUUGUCCAUCAGAAACAAGGGAACUGUAUGUGAAUUAUCUCAGUAAACAUGACUAUAUCGGAGUUCUUGUUCUCAUAACAUCAGAAAUUACUCCCUGGGUACAAGACAGUAGUUUAUACAUAAAAUGUCCCAAGUUACAAAGGUAUGAUGUCAAAAUUUUCCUCCCAUGAAUUAUUUCUCCCUACCAACUUUUCUGUUACUUUGAUUUCUCUGAAAUCUCUGACUUAAUUUGUGAAAAUCAGCUUGUAUCAUUCACUCCAAAAUGGCUGUUUUCCUUAUACUGUUGCUAAAGAACCCAAGCUACAUGAGAAGCAAGAAGGAAAUCCCUGGGAGAAAAUGUCUGGCUCACUGGUUGAGAUGCUCUUUGGUGUUUUUCAUCCACCCUCUAUUGAACAUCUCCAUCUUGAUUCAGGAAUAGUCACAGAGGACAGUCUGCUUGGAGAUACCUUAGCCCCCACCACCUUGGUACUUCAGCCAUAGAGAAAACGGAAUACAAAGAGACACUGGAGGGUGUGUGUGUGUGUGUCUUUGUCGUAGUUACUUUUCUGUUGCUGUGAUAAAACACUGUGACUGAGGCAACAAAUAAAAGAAAGUGUUUAAUUGGGCUUAUGGUUCCAAUUAGAGUCCAUGAUGGCAAAGGCAUGCCAGCCAGAAGAGCUGAGAGCUCUCAUCUUGAUCCAUAAGUACAGACAGAACUAACUGGGAAUGGUGCAAGUCUUUGAAACCUCAAAGCCCACCCCCAAUGACACACUUCCUCCAACAAGGACACACCUCCUAAUCUUUCCCUAACAGUUCCACCAACAGUGAGCCAAGUAUUCAAAUGUAUGAACCCAUGAGAGUCAUUCUCACUUAAACCAACCAUCACAUCCUUGUGCACUUUCUUAUUCUUAAAUAAAACAAAGUCCUGAAAAAUCAUAUUCUUAAGAUUAAAUUUGAAGUCUUUCUUAAUCACCAA